AUGGUAAACUCUCAGCAAUUGGCGCCCGUGAAGCUUCGCUUGCCCCAUCCUUAUCUCACUACCUAUCACCUGGAGCCCUCCGGCAAGUUUCAGGAUGGCAGUCAAUUGUUGCAGCUGCGCAAGGGCGAAGGAGCGGCUCGGCCGCUUCCUCGAGCCUUGCACAAUGACGAGCUCUAUUUCACUGCGCUGCAAUCAGUGAACCAGGAAACUGCAGAGCCUACAUCAAACAACACAGCUUGGGCCCGCGCGCAACGCAGCCCGUUCUCCAUCUGUACCUGGGAGGGUUCUGUACCAACUGUCGGCCAGGUCUGGCUAUAUCUAUAUGCCAUUUUUACUGUGCAGGAAGAGAUUGAGACAUUCCGUCUCCAGCUAAACGGUCACGAUGCCGAGUCUCUGGCACAUGCUCUCCGAGUAUCAAUGGUGGCUAUCGAUCACCCGACACCUGUCAGCAGCGUUACCCAGUAUACGCCAGUUCUGAACGAGCUGCUCAUCAUGCGCAGCGCCUUCUGGCAGGGUGCUGCCUCACCAUUGGGCUCUCAGCCUAUCUGGCUUCCUAACUGGAACCCUGCUUCCUCCGUUCCUAUCCUCGACUAUACCAUGACCUCGACGAAAAAUGUGCACCGUCGUCAUCCCCGCCGCAACCCCAAGCCCACUCCUGGCAAAAUUGUAUACAGCCGUUACAUUCCUUUCUUGGAUGAGCAUUUCUCGCUCGUUGCACUGGACUACCGCAACCCUGAACACCUCAACCUCUUUCACACUUGGCAAAACGACCCUCGUGUCGCAGCCGGCUGGAAAGAAACUGGUACCCUGGAAGACCACCGCGAAUAUCUCCGCCGCCAAGACGAAGACCCCCACACUCUGACCGUCCUCGGUCACUUCAAUGAUAUCCCAUUCUCAUACUACGAAAUCUUCUGGGCCAAAGAAGACAACGUGGGCGCGCACUACGCAUCAAAAGACUUUGACCGAGGCCGCCAUACUCUAGUCGGCAACGACGCCUUCCGUGGCCCCCACCGCGUCAUGGCAUGGUGGCCCAGCAUGAUCCACUAUUGCUUCCUCGACGACCACCGCACUGAGAAUAUCAUCGGCGAGCCAAUGUCCACCAACGACAAGGUUCUCACCUACGACUACACUUUCGGUCUGCACCAGGCCCAGGUGAUCGACUUGCCCCACAAGCGCGCCAGUCUGGUGAAGUGUACUCGCGAGCGCUUCUUCCAGCUCUGUCCGUUUAACCAGGGCAGCCCGCAUAUCGCCGGUACCGGGUUGGCUUUCAAGCCGCGCCUGUAG